CCCACGCUCCCGCAGCGCGCUCCCCUCCUUAUUUGAGGCUCCUCCGCUCCUCCGCUCAGAGCAGCGGGAGAGCCGCAGCUGGACCCCCAGCUCCAACGAUGCAGCUCCACUCCGCCAAGAUGAGAGGCAUCUUUAUCGUGGUGGUGGCUCUGAUCGCAGCAGAAAGUCUUUCGCUUCCUGUGGCCAAAGAGGGCCAAGGGGAAGACAUGGUGAAACGGUGUUUGGUUAAAGUUUUUUCCAAAGCUCUGUCCAAGGCAGAUUCCCAGCUGGAUCCAGAAUGCAGAAAACUUCUCCAAGCCGGGGUCAAACAUGCAGCUCUGGACAAAACCGGUGAUGGGGGGACCGUUACCAUGGAGAUAGCAUCUCCUAUGUCCAAGCCGGCAGAUGUGAAAGACGUUGAGGCAAUUCUGAAAUCUGUGGGAGACAUAAAGGGAAGCCCCGAAGAUGAAGACGGAGACAACGGGAAUGAAGAGCCGGAAAAUCGUGAGAAGAGGAGCCGCUGGAGACCUGGAAGAUACCACAUGAGGAGACACAAGAGAGGAGAGGAAGAGGAGGAUUACGACCGCAGUCAGGAGAGCUGGGGUGUGAUGGAAAAAAGAUCAGAGGAUGGAGAAAGAGAGAUAGGAGGCAGAUACCAUCAAACAGGAAAUGAUGAAGAAGAGCAGGAAGAGCCAGAGGAUGAGCGUAGCCAAGAGUACUGGGACAUCGACAAGAGGAGAGAGGAUGAAGACGAGAGAGACAAGCAAAUUUGGAGGCCCAAAAUCUAUCAUCACAGGAAGAACUUCUACAAGCGAAGCGACGAACCACGAGAGCAAGGUGAAGAAGAGACCCUGGACUACUGGGACUUAGACACAGACAGGGAGAAGAGGAAGUGGAGACCGGGACGGUAUCAUCUGAGGAGAUACAGGCGGGAUGAAGAGCUGUUGGACGACCCUGGGGAAGCACCAGAUGAAGAACGUAGUCAAGAAACUUGGGAUGUGGACAAGAGGAAGUGGAGACCUGGUAGAUACCACCAAAGAAGACACAAGCGUGAUGAAGAGGGGAUAGAAGAAGUCCCAGAUGAAGAUCGCAGCCAAGAAACUUGGGAUGUGGACAAAAGGAAGUGGAGACCUGGAAGGUAUCACCUUAGGAGAUACAAGCGUGAUGAAGAGCCAGCAAACGAAGAGCCAGAAGAAGAACGGAGUCAAGAAUACUGGGAUUUUGAAACUGGAUGGGAGAAGAGGGGAUGGAGGCCUGGUAGAUACCACCAAAGAAGACACAAGCGUGAUGAAGAGGGAAUUGAGGAGGAACCAGAUGAAGAUCGUAGCCAAGAAACUUGGGAUGUAGACAAGAGGAAGUGGAGACCUGGUAGAUACCACCAAAGAAGACAAAGGCGUGAUGAAGAGGGGAUCGAGGAAGUCCCAGAUGAAGAUCGCAGCCAAGAAACUUGGGAUGUAGACAAGAGGAAGUGGAGACCUGGUAGAUACCACCAAAGAAGACAAAAGCGUGAUGAAGAGGGAAUUGAGGAGGAACCAGAAGAAGAUCGUAGCCAAGAAACUUGGGAUGUAGACAAGAGGAAGUGGAGACCUGGUAGAUACCACCAAAGAAGACAAAAGCGUGAUGAAGAGGGGAUCGAGGAAGUCCCAGAUGAAGAUCGCAGCCAAGAAACUUGGGAUGUGGACAAGAGGAAGUGGAGACCUGGUAGAUACCACCAAAGAAGACAAAGGCGUGAUGAAGAGGGCAUUGAGGAGGAACCAGAAGAAGAUCGUAGCCAAGAAACUUGGGAUGUGGACAAGAGGAAGUGGAGGCCUGGUAGAUACCACCAAAGAAGACAAAAGCGUGAUGAAGAGGGGAUCGAGGAAGUCCCAGAUGAAGAUCGCAGCCAAGAAACUUGGGAUGUGGACAAGAGGAAGUGGAGACCUGGUAGAUACCACCAAAGAAGACAAAGGGGUGAUGAAGAGGGCAUUGAGGAGGAACCAGAAGAAGAUCGUAGCCAAGAAACUUGGGAUGUGGACAAGAGGAAGUGGAGACCUGGCAGAUACCACCAAAGAAGACAAAGGCGUGAUGAAGAGGGCAUUGAGGAGGAACCAGAAGAAGAUCGCAGCCAAGAAACUUGGGAUGUGGACAAGAGGAAGUGGAGACCUGGUAGAUACCACCAAAGAAGACACAAGCGUGAUGAAGAGGGGAUCGAAGAAGAACCAGAAGGAGAACGCAGUCAAGAGUCCUGGGAUUUGGAGAAAAAGUCAUCAAAAGACGGAGAAAUAGAAAAGCACAUUUGGAAACCAAGUUCAGAUGAGCCGUCUGCUAUAACCAACAAGAUGAGUGAGCUAGCCAAGUUGCUGAGCUACAAGGACGCCACGAAGAGCUCACAGCAGAGGGCGCUUACUCCACAGGAGGAGAAAGAGCUGAGAAACCUGGCAGCGAUGGACCUGGAGCUGCAGAAAAUGGCUGCAAAGCUGCAUGAGAACGCGUAACCAUGACGACGUCUGUUUGAUAGUUUGUCCUUUGUGUGUUAAAAUGACUAAAAUUUGUUAAAUUUUCGUGACAUGUUGAUGUUAUUUGAACUGCAUGGCAUGGAUGUUUGUGUGAAACAAAUAAUAAAAUGAAAUAAAAAAAUCAUACCGUUUCAAUAAAAUGAAGGAUUCUGGG